AUGGCAGGGGAGCCAGUGUGGGCUGCCCGUUCUUUAUCGAAUGCCUUCUCAAGGCUCGAUGCAGCAAGGGGAUUGAAACCCUUCCUGCCUGCUCAAGCUCUGAAGAACUCCAAGUCACUGGUAAAGGUUCCGAUCCGAACAGCGAUAUCAAGGCUCGACACGGGUACUGCGAACUAGGGAUGGGGACUGUGUGUGGUCUCCAACCACCGACAAAGGUCAAGGGCCGAUGCGCCUUGUGUAGCGCCGGAAAAACAGGCCAUCGAGCCCGUACAAAGCGUCCGAGAACUGCCGUUGGAUGUAUUCACAGAGCGUAUCUUUGCUCUUCUUGCACAAUGUAGCACGUAGCUGUGCAAGGGAUGAUUAUUGAAUAGUACCAAUCUAGCAUAUCUCUGCCACUUCGACAUAUGCCACAAUGUCACUUAUCACCUCUCACUCGCUACUUGCUGCCGAAGUCUCACGUUGACCACUCCGUACUUCCCUACCACUCUUUUCGUCAUCCAUGCUGUGACUUCAUAGCAGCACACCAUAUAUCAAUGCUAUCGUCAACUGACAUUGGUUGUGGUGUCUCUCGUACUCUCGCUCUCCCUGUCUCCCCUCACUAGUUUCUCCGGCUGGCAACGUGAAACGUACAAUAGCGGUCCGCGCUGCAAAAUUCACUCUCAUGUCAAGCCUGGCCGAUAUAUCAAGGCGCCCCCUGCGCGUACAACCGCAUCUCGCGCUGCCCAUCGAUGACUGGCGAAGCAGACGAUCGGGAUGCCGCCGACCACGCUCCGGGAGAAGACCGCACGCCCGCCGCGGAGAGCGGGGUGGUUGUUGCGGUUCCUCCUGCGAGGUCCCCUGUUACCUUCGGCGUAAGACCUACCCCUCGUGGAGUCUCCCACACCGUCUGCCCCCUGGCUCGAGCCUGAUGCCGGAACCCGUCUGGUUCAGCGUCAGUGGUUUCGACGGGCAUGCCAUUCUGGGCUCGUGGCGCCUUCGGCGUGAGUCCCACGCCCCUUGGAGUCUCCCAUACCGUGUGCCCCCGGGCUCGAUCGAGUCCCUCGAUGCCCUCUGCUUCAGCGGCGACUGGUGUUCCUCUCUGGGCUCCCGGUGUUGUCUUCGGCGUUAGACCCACGCCCCUUGGAGUCUCCCACACCGUGCAGCCUCUAUCCCUCCGGGGGCCGGAGGAAAGUGGCGAGGUCCUCCGUGCUCCCGGGGUUGUCAUCGGCGUAAGCCCCACGCCCCUGGGGGUCUCCCACACCGUGCAGCCUCUGUCUCGGCGGGGGCCACUGCCGUCCGCCCCCUUUCGGGUCGAAUCGGUCGGAGAUGAAAAAUGUUCUAGAAACUGUUCAUGUUUUUGUGGCUGCGGCUGCUGUUGCAGCUGCUGCUGCU